GAUUUGUAUCGCUUAGGUCUUUGAUUAUGACUUUUCCUUUGAAGAUUUUGGUUGUUAUCAAGCCUGUUUAUCUGACCUAUUGACCAGUUCACAAUGCCCCAGGUGAACAAUGCAAUCAUCUCAUCUCACCUUGAUUAUGUUGAGUUGCACCAUCAUGCUUGUUGUAAUACGAGGCGAUCGACGGCCGUACUUGGUAUAGCACUGAGGGAUACAGUAGAGGAGCCAUACCUCACUCAACACGCCAGAUUGGAAAGCAAUGCUACCUUGAUACAUUUUGUUAGGAGUCUUUCAGUUAACUUUCCCCUUUCUCUUACUAUGUACUUCGUACUCUUGAUGAAUUUUCUUUCCCCCUCUCUUUUCUCGCCUUUGCCUCUAUGAUGUUUUAUGGCACACUUCCUCGACUUAGUAAAUGUCAAUGGACAAAAACAGGGGAUAACGCUUCA